AUGGUUCUUCAUAGUUUCAAAAAUAAGCCUAGUUCCACACAAAAGGUGUCUUCUGGUGGGACUGCCCCUUUCAUUCGGGUGAAUACAAUCGCUUCUGAUCAAGCGAAUAUUACCACAUCUUCACCAUCUACUACUUCUUCUCAAGCGAACACUAUCGCGUGUUCUUCAUCUUCCACCUCUAUAGAUAAUGCAGUCCAGAAUCCCUCUAAGGAUCUUAUCUCGUUCACUUCUCUGAAUCUCUCUUCCCCUUUAGGGAUGAUUUCCACUUCUCAAGAUUUGGUUGCGUCUACUCAGGCCAUCACCUUUUCUGCUCAGGAGGUCAUUUCAUUUAUGCAAGAUAUGCCCAUUUCUGCCUCUUCAACCAUUCCCGUACCUGCAGAUUAUCCUACCUUCUCUUAUUCGAGCACUGCCACUACUAUUUCUUCCAUAAGUACUGUAUUGACCACUUCUCCUCUUCGCACAGAUGCUUCAGCUCAAGCGAGAACUAUCAUGCCUGAAGCAUGUGCUUCUAAUGUGGUUAGCUCAAGAACAAGGCCUCUUCUUGAUAGUUUCCAACUCGCACGUUCAUCUUCUAAUGAUCCAUCUCAACUUCGCCUGUGCGAGUCUCUUGUUAAGCUAUUGGGCGAUUCUCCUUCAGAUAAAUUAGCUAGGAGUGAGAUAUUCGCUCAACUGGAUCCCUCAUUUAGUGAUGCUUUUGAAUGUCUGGAGUCUCGGUGCCGCUUUAUUCAAGCUGAAGGUUUUUCUUAA